CUUAAACAAACAUGCCCGUUUAUCUGCGCGUGAAGCAUGGAUUUACUGGAACAGACGUUAUCCACUGGCCAGGGCGCUAGCUCGCCACUGAUUUCCCUAAUUAACUUUUUGGCCGUGUCGUAUCUUUCGGAAUACUUCUGCGUUUGUGUAGUGAAACCCAGCGAAGAGUUUGUCCUGGUCGACGUUGAAAUUCCGACAAUGAUUAUAACCGUUGACGAAAGAUUCAAUCGGACACUGUUGCAAGGGAUUGAACACGGCUGCCAAGCGUUUAUUGUUUUUCAGGAAGUGGCACUGUGGCCAUUUUUGGACUCGUUUUUGGAUGUCCAUGACGACUCGGAUCAACGAUCUGCUCGGAAGAAGUUAAUAGCUGUGUUGGAUUCACCAGAUUCAGAGAUGUUUGACAAAUUUUGUGCUCAUCCUGCUGUGAGAGAUCUGCCGGAUCUUCUGAUGAUUGUAACAUCCACGGAAAACGACACAAUGCUGUUCUAUACAACGGAUAUUUCUGGAGACGGAACUAGGGGUACGGUGCGGGUUACAAUGUUGCCCGUCACUCCACCGGAUUAUUUUCCAGACAAAACCAAGAACAUGAAAGGUGUUCCGAUCAGAUUUCAAACGUUGAUGUAUCCACCGUUCACGUAUUAUGCUGAAACUACACCCGAAAACGCCAAUGCCAGAAAGGAUCCCCGUUACUACCAGGACGAUACUCCGAUAUUCAUCGAUGGGACAGAGCCUCGCUUGCUGGUUGAGUUUUGUCAGCGUAAGAAUUGCACCAUUGAUGCGUAUUUUGAUGAAGUCGGUUUAUGGGGCGGUGUUUCUGAAAAUCGUACUGGCACGGGAAUUCUCGGAGCAGUUGCAACACGUCGAGCUGAUUUUGCGGUGGCUGCUAACUAUUAUUGGCUUGGCCCGUAUCGUUUCGCAACCUACUCGGAAGUCAUCAGCCGUUCCGGACUGAUAGUGCUGGUCCCGAAGCCGAAGAUAGUCGCUCCCUGGCGCACUCCGUUCCUGUCGUUCUCCAAGAGUCUCUGGAUGGCCGUAGCGGUUGCCUUCGCAGUCGGCGUAUGCUCCGUCUGGUUGAUCGAGAAAGGUCGUUCUCAUAUUGUGGGAUCUGCCGCCGGUGGGCACCCGAAGAGCCUCAGCGAUUCGUUGUUGACCAUGAUCGGGUUCUACAUGGAACAGAAUGCAUUCAUGAGGAACGAUCUGAUGGCUUGCGUUUUUCUGUUCGGGGCUCUGCUUUUUGCUGGAUUUAUGGUGGGAAACCUGUACGGCGCCGGGUUGGCUGGGAUUAUGACGAUUCCACAGUUCGAGAAAGCCAUCGAGACGCGUCAUGAUUUGGCAGAUACGGGUCUGACCUUUGUGGGAAACGACUUGGCAUGGAUGUUCGCCUUGAUGCCAUCUCCUCAGGCGUACAUACAAAAGAUCGUCAGAGAUUUCAAAGUAGUGGACGACGAUUACAUGGUAGAGCAUAGACACAUCCAUGACGUAGGAUAUAUAGGAGAGAGAACUCAAUUUGGUCACUUUGGACCCGUUGAUUAUCUGGAUGUGGAGUCAUCCAGGCACUUUCAACUGCUCAAGGAAGAUUUGUCAUAUCAGUACUGCGUAGUGAUCCUGACCAAAACAUGCCCAUUCAAGCAAAGUUUCAACGACCUGAUGAUAGUAAUACGUCAAUCCGGUAUUCAGUAUUUUUGGGAAACUUUGGUUGCCAAUCGGUAUCUCAGCGUAACUAUUCAACAGAACUUGCUGGGCAGUGGGCCUUCGGACAGCGAUGCCGUGGUAUUGGGUGUAUCACAUUUCUUGGGGGCAUUUUUGAUUUUGAGUAUUGGCUGUUCAUGUGCUACAAUUGUAUUUUGCUUAGAGUGUCUGUAUGCAAAGCUGAAGAGAAGAGGCUAUACAGAAGUUCUUGUACGGUCCAGAAUUGAGUGGAUUGUGAGAUGGAGAAAUGACCGACAAAUGCGCUGUUAGUUGACGUAAUUCGAUAUGUAGUAAUAUUUUUUUGCUAUCGAAAUGUCCACGGGGAGGAGGAAGGGGAUCAACAAUCAAGGAUUUGCUAUCCACCCACAUGGUAUAUGGACGACCUCUAAUCCGUUCUAUCAUCAUGUGUACUUACUCCUAACCCAACAUUCGGAGAUAACAAAAAUACCAAAUUAAUUUACUGUUUUUGAAGG